AUGAUACAAGCUCAAUUCCUGCUCGCCAUCAUGCAGCGCCAUUUUCUCCUAUACCGCUCAGAUAUACCACCUGAUUUUGACGGUUCCGGAAGUAGGCUUCCGCCUACGUCAUCCGACAGUCUGCUGUUUCCGUCGCUAUUGGAUCUGCCAGAUGACGUCAUCACGGGCACGAUCUCUCCCGUUUACGAUGACGAAGACAUUGACGCGUGUGAGACGUGGAUGAACUGCAGCAACACGUUCCUGCAGUCGUACGUCGAGAAGCUUGUAGAUCUACCCGCCUGCCCGUGCUUCUACCCCAUCAACCUGCCAUACGACGACAAGGUGUGGGACGACAAUAAGGUCAGACACACCAGUGAGCGCGACGCGUCCCGGCGUCAACGAGGACGGACUGUCCGUGCUACAAGCCGGGAGCUCACUACGCCAUUCGCAGCCUGCUAG